AACAAGCCUCGCCUUUCGGAUGCUCAAAAGAAGUUCAAUCACAUAGAAAGCGAAAAGAAGCGGCGACUUGCUAUUCGUGAGGGCUAUGACAGGCUGGCCUCGAACGUACCUGGAAUGGAAGGACAAGGCCGAAGUGAGGCGAUGGUAUUGCAGGCCGCGGUCGUCCACCUGAAGGAGCAGCUCGCCAAGAAAGAGGAACUG